ACAAAAGUAUAUUCCUUUAUUGAACUCUCUUAUAUUCUCUCCACCCAAAACCCAGAAUAUAAAAUCGGUCCUCUUUUCCCCGAAAUCCAAUUCCCUUUCAUUUCCUCAAAUGAAUUUCUUCAAAUCCGUGUUCUCAGAGGAAACCACUCCUCCCGAUUCUCCUACAUCCCCAACCGAUACCCCAACCUCCGACCCCCAAACCCUAAACACUCAACCUACCGGUACUCCAGCAUGGUCCUUCGGCGGCUUGAUCAAGACCUUAGCUACUAAAUCCGAAUCUAUGAUCGAAACCUAUCGCAAGGAUUUCGAGGAGUUUGGAUCCGGACUUAAAAAGGAGACAGCAGUUAUUAGGGAAGUGGCCUCCCGUGCCGUCAAGGACCUUCCAGCUUCACUCGACGUUGGUGCUUCCGUCGCGCAGGAAUCGCUGGAGACUGUCGGCCAAGCAAUUGAUGACAUCGGAGCCACCGUCUGGAAAUCCACUUCACAGAUAAUCACUCACGGUAGGGACUCAAUCGUCGCUUCGGAUCACGAUGACUCGGAUUCUUCUGAUAAACAAUAUAGCGACAGUAAACAGCAGUCUUUGAAUUUAAAACGGUACAGUCGUUUUGAUAUGCAAGUGCGUUCAAUACAGUGUGAUUUAAAUACUUACUGCAUUGAACCGGAGGAUAAAGUAGAGUAUGAGAAUUGGAGGUUAGGAUCUUUUUCUAUGGAAGAUAAAAAAGAGGAGAUAGAGAAUUUAUUUAGCGAAAAUAGGACGAUUAAGGAAAUUUAUAAUGACGUGGUGCCUAGUAGAGUAGAUAAUGAAGGUUUUUGGAGUAGAUAUUUCUAUAAAAUGCACAAGUUGAAGCAAGCAGAGGAAACAAGAGCCUUACUUGUUCAGAAAGCAAUUUCUGGUGUAGAGGAGGACUUGAGCUGGGACUUUGAUGAUGAAGAUAAAGAAGACGACAAGCGCAAUGAGCCUGUAUCAGAAGGCCAAUCUAGUGGAAAUUUAAAGAAAGAGAACGAUUUCAGUGAAAGAUCUGAACUUGAGAAUACCAACGCCAGUGAGAGGAACAAAAUGGAGGGGAAUGUAGUGGCAAUGGAUAUGAAAGGCGAUAAUGGCGAUUCUUGUAAAGAUAGUGAUAUAUCAGUAGUUUCAAGUCAAUCGUUACUGCCAGAGGAGGAUGACCUUGGAUGGGAUGAAAUUGAAGAUAUUGGAAUAAAUGAUGAAAGCAGAGGGAAAACCACGGGGAGCAACGCAAGUACCAGUAGACUUGAUUUGCGUAAGCGGUUGAGUGUUGCAGAGGAGGAGGACCUGAGUUGGGAUAUUGAGGACGAAGAUGAUGAGCCUGGUAAACCAUGAUUCCUACUCCAUAGUUGAUGAUUAGUUCAUAUGCAAGAUAAGUGAUUUAUUCUUUGUGGUUGUGUAAUUAUCUCUCCUUCCUUCAACUGAUUGGAUUCAUACGUUAGUAUUUAAGUUUUACGAGUUCCCAAGUACAUGUCAAUACGAAUUGGUUUUACUUUUUUAAAAAUUAAGCUCCAAAUUUAAAAUGUUGAUCAUAA